CCUCUUCACUCUCUCCCUCUUUCCCUCUCUCUAGAGAGAAAAAGAAGAAAAAAGAAAACACUCCACUUCUUUCUUCUAUUAACAACACCACCAAAACCUCCAUGAUGAUCAUGGCACCUUCUUCACUAUCACUCAACACUAGUACAUGGGCUAAACCUCAAUUUCCUCCUCCUUCUCCAUCUUCAUCAUUCUAUGACUUGGGCUUUCCCAAAAAGAAGCCCAAUAGAAAGGUGGAUUGUGCUCUACACUCUCCCUCAGUGUUCCAAUUCCCAAAACAACCCUACAACACACCCUUAAUUACUAAAGAGAAUCAUCAAAACACAAAACCUCCUGCAACAACAACAAACACUGACAACAAAAAACCGCACUGGAACCCAAUCCAAAAAGCCGCAGCAAUGGCCCUAGACAUGUUCGAAAGCGCGUUGCUCUCACGCGAGCUUCAGCAACCGCUUCCAAAAACUUCGGAUCCACGUGUACAAAUCUCUGGAAACUACGCCCCGGUACCGGAGCAGCCGGUGGUCCGCUCCCUCCCCGUCGCCGGCACCAUACCACACUGCCUCAACGGCGUCUACCUCCGUAACGGCGCGAACCCAAUGUUCGAGCCUGUUGCCGGUCACCACCUCUUCGACGGCGACGGCAUGGUUCACGCCGUCACCAUCAAUGGCGGCGCGGCAAGCUACGCUUGCCGCUUCACCGAAACAGAGAGGCUGGUUCAGGAACGAAAGCUUGGACGGGCGAUGUUCCCCAAGGCCAUCGGAGAACUCCAUGGUCACUCCGGCAUCGCGAGGAUCCUCCUCUACUACGCGAGGGGGCUGUGUGGAAUCCUCGACCACCGGCGAGGCUCCGGCGUCGCCAACGCCGGCUUAGUCUACUUCAACGGCAAGCUCCUCGCCAUGUCGGAGGAUGACCUCCCUUACGAGCUCAAAAUCACCCCCUCCGGCGACCUGAGCACAGUCGGCCGUUACAGCUUCUGCAACCAACUCUGCUCCACCAUGAUCGCUCACCCGAAAAUCGACCCUGUCUCCGGCGAGCUCUUUGCCUUGAGCUACGACGUCGCGAGACCAUACAUCAAGUACUUCCGAUUCUCCCCGGAGGGUGAGAAGUCCCCCGACGUCGAAAUCCGACUUGCCGCUCCAACGAUGACUCACGACUUCGCGAUAACGGAGAAUUUUGUCGUGAUCCCCGACCACCAGGUUGUGUUCAAGCUCGGGGAAAUGAUCAAGGGAGGCUCCCCGGUGAUCUACGACGGCGAGAAGAAAUCACGGUUCGGAGUCCUUCCAAAAUACGCCACCGACGCUUCCAGCAUCAUAUGGGUGGAGUCGCCGGACACGUUCUGCUUCCACCUCUGGAAUGCGUGGGAGGAGCCAGAAACCGAUGAAGUCGUGGUUAUCGGUUCCUGCAUGACACCGCCGGAUUCAAUCUUCAACGAGAGCGAUGAAGGACUUGAAAGCGUGUUAUCGGAGAUAAGACUGAAUCUGAAAACAGGGGAAUCCACGCGCCGCGAUAUUGUGCCUGGUUUGAACCUUGAAGCGGGGAUGGUGAACCGGAACCGGCUCGGGAGGAAAACCCGGUUCGUGUACUUAGCCAUUGCUGAACCGUGGCCGAAGGUUUCUGGGUUUGCGAAGGUGGACCUGGUGAGUGGGGAAGUGAAGAGGCACUUCUAUGGUGAAGGAAGGUUCGGUGGGGAACCGUUUUUCUUGCCGAAUGGGGAAGAAGAAGAUGAGGGGUACAUUAUGGCAUUCGUGCAUGACGAGAUGACGUGGCAAUCGGAGUUGCAGAUAGUGAACGCGGUGGACCUUACGGUGGAAGCAACCGUGAAGCUGCCGUCAAGAGUGCCAUACGGUUUUCAUGGCACUUUUGUGGAGGCGGAGGAUUUGGCAUUGCAAAGACACGUGGAGUGAUCUUGAGUUAAUUUUCGGUGGGUUCUAAUUAGUUAAUUAAUUUUUAUUUUUUUAUAUAUAAAGACUAAGGUAUAUAUUAGUAUUUUAUUCUAAGGGGUGAAAAUGAGAAUUGAAAACAGACAAGGGGUGAAAUUGAGAAAAAGGAGAAAUUACCAGAGGGAUGAUGAUGGGCAGGGAGACAGGUCCCCGGGUUCUCCUGAACAAAGAUUGUCUGUUCAUAGCAGUAGCAGUAGUAGUCAGUGUCUUACCUAAUCUUGUGACUGGUUAUAUAUAUAUGAUGAUGAUGAUUUCAGGAAUCAGCUUGCAGCUUUGGGUUGUGUAUGUAAAUGGAGCUCAGCUGGUUUCUGUUUUUUUUUUUUUUUAUUUCAAUUGUGCAUUUUGGAUUCUACUCAA